CGCCGUUACCAGUACCUACUGCUCCAGCACAUCAUGGCAACUGUUAUCGUCUUCGGUCCAUCGGGUGCGGUGGGCUCGGCUGCCGCUCGGACCGCUCAGCAACAGGGCGCUAAGGUUUAUCUUGCGCUGCGGGAUACCACUAAACCGGUGCCGGGUCUGACGAGGGAGGCGGAACAAGACGGAGGAUUUGAACGCGUGCGGGCCGAUUUCUCUCAACCAGAGACCAUUACCACUGCCGUGGCACAGAGUACCGCCAAACAUGCUUUCAUCUAUACCGAUUUAACCUCGACGGACCAUAUGCGAGCGAGUUUCACGGCGCUCCAAGCAGCUGGUAUCGAAUCCGUGGUGUUGCUGAGUAGUUUCGGCAUACAGGAGGAUAUUCGCAGCGUGUCGUCGGAGCAUCGCAUUGCUUUUCUGCACGCCCAGGCGGAGAUCUCCCUGCAGGAGGUGUUUGGGCCCUCUGGCUAUGUGGCCGUUCGGCCUGGGUUUUAUGCCAGCAACGCACUGUGGUGGAAGGCACCGAUUCAAACAGGCCACGUGAAGCUAGCGUGGCCGAAUGGAGCAUUCGAUUGGAUAUCCCCCGAGGAUAUUGGCGGGGUGUGUGGAACGAUUCUGGCGCACAAGGCUAGGGGGAUUGAUCUGGUUUCAGACUCGUUUGUGAAUCUGGUGAGUCCGGAGAAGAUCUCUGUUCGAGAGAUGAUUGAGACGACGGGACGGGUGCUCGGCAAGGAGAUUAAGGUCUCUGAGGUGGAGGAGGAUGAGGCGUUGGAUAGUCUGGUGAAUGAGUCCGGACUGCAUGAGGGGAUUGCGCGAUCGGUUCUGGGGUUCUGUCGGAGCGCGACGGAAGGAUACUCCUUCCUUGAUAGCCCUUUGUAUGGCGAGGCGGUGGGUAAUAUCCAAAAGUACCUGCGCCGGUCGCCGAGGAGGUUUCAUGAGUGGGUGGAGGCGAAUCAAGAGAAAUUUAGCGCGUGAUGCUGCUAGUGAGGUUGAUGACUUGAUGUGAUUGUAGGGAGAACGCAGAUGCAUUUACGUUCUGUCAUAUUACUGUAACAUGACACUGAUGAUGUUGAUAUGUACAGGAGAUUAGAUAUUGAAUAAAUCGUGGAAGGUGACAUCUUGG